AUGGUCGAGGAUUACUUGAGUUCAAGCAAUACAAACACGACAUCCUUAUCAGUUCGUAUUCUUCAUGAGUUAAAUUUGAUACUUAAGCAGCACGACAAAGUAAUAUCCAUGUAUGAUAUUCCACCGAUUGUAGGCACAUUGGAUGAAGACUUUGAGAUUUCAAUUUUGAUUCAAGAAGAUUUGUCGAUUCCUAUAUUCGAGGAACACCUAUCUUUUGUCAACAAGUUGAAUGAAGACCAAUAUAGGGCCUACAGUACAAUUAUGAGAUCAAUUGAGCGAAAAGAAAGCAAGGUCUUCUUCAUAUAUGGUCCGGGAGGUACUGGGAAGACAUUUCUGUAUCGUGUUAUUUUGGCGACUGUCAAGAAAACUGAUGGUAUUGCAAUAGCAACAACCACGUCGAGAAUUAUUGCUACUAUGUUACCUGGUGGGAGGGAAACACACUCAAGGUUUCAUCUUCCGAUGACACUGACGUCAACUUCAAUAUGUCGUACGAUAAAGCAAUCAGAGAAAUCUAAACUUCGGAGACAUGCUACCGUCCUUAUAUGGGAUGAAGCUACAAUUGUGCAUCGCUACUCUUUGGAAGCAUUUUAUCGGACGAUGAGAGAUAUCACAUACAUUACUAAACCAUUUGGUGGAAAGAUUUUAAUCAUGGGAGUUGAUUUCAGCCAGAAGAAUAUGCGUGCAGACGGGGAUGCAUCUUAUUCAGAGUUUUUGAUUCGUGUUGGUGAUGGAGACGAACCUUGCAUUGCUAAUGAGAUGAUAAAUGUUCCUGAAGAGAUGGUCAUACCAUGGGUUAGUGACGAUUUAUUGUCUCAGCUUAUAGAUGUAACAUUUCCAAACUUGGUGGAGAAUGCCGGAGAUACAGACUACAUAGUCAACAAGGCACUGAUCACACCAUUGAACGAGUACGUCGAGAAGAUUAAUGACCGAGUACUUGGCAUAUUUCCUGGAAAAGAGGUUAUAUUCUACUCAUUUGAUUAUGUGGACGUCGAUACACACGGUCUUUACCAACAAGAAUACUUGAAAACAUUGCUCCAGGGGGUUUACCAUCACACAUUUUGA